CAGAAUGUGGCGGAUUAACAUUUACACAUACGGGCAGCGGUGGGCACGCUCAGAGACGGCGUGAGAGCAACGCUGACCGCAGUCGCUUUCCGCGCACCGACCGGCCUCCGCGCACCCUUUCGCACGCACGCUCACCUGAAGGUGAUAAGGUGAUUGUUUAUUCAUGUGAUAGAACGAUGGUGGAUUCCACAUAAAAAAAAUCUGAGCAGUGCAACAGUAGAAUACUUCGUGAAGUCGAUUAUUUUUGGAAGCGCACAAGAUGCGGGCCGUGUGGUGGAGUGCGACGGCGCUGGCGCUGCUGGCUGUCACCAGCGCUCUACGGACCACGCAGGUGGAGGGAGCAUUAAGAAGUAGUAGGAGGCAUCCAGCGCCGAUCACAUCUGACAGUCCUACAGAAACCAGUGAGGCUCCUGAUGGAAAAUACACAAUCAGGCCCAGAACAAGCAGGAGGCGUGAAGAGGUUCCUGUGCGAGAGGUACGGACGAGAACGAGAAGUAGGAUAGCAGAUAAACCCGACACUUCUUCUGAAGCACCGAAAGGACGUAACGAACGAUUUGAUUCAAGAAGAACCCAAAGUCGAUCACGAAGCCGAACUGUAGAAAUCGAUAAAACUACAGCGGCGACGACCAGAGUUAGAACGGUCCGAAGUCGAGGGAGACAAAAUGUUCAAAGUCCUACGACCGCUGCACCUCCUGAAGUUUCUUCACCGACUAUCGAUGAAAGCAAAAUUGAAGUUAUCAAUUCUAACCUUGAAGAUCUAAAAAAAGCUUCACCAGCUGAUGUAGUUACACCGAUACCCGGUACCACAGAUCAGUUGAAAAGAAAAAGUUUCGUAAAUCCAACUCCCGAAAGACUAGUCUCACAAAGAGUACGUGGUCGAAUCAGUACUCGACCAAAUUCUAGGUCGCUCGAUCUUGAUGUUGCUGGAACCACGAAUUCCUUGACGGAUGCAGUAAAAGAACCAACAACAGUCCGAUCAAAUGAUUUGAGAAAUUCACGAAAAUUAAGAUACAGAACUCGACUAUCAGAGACAGAUACUAACUUAACUGGACAGGGUCUUAAGGCUCAAAACGAUGUCAUAAAAUCUAGUCAGACUGAGAAUAAUGUUGCUAGUCAACCUGAGAUGCAGGCGUCCGCUGCAGGAGUUGUAGAAAAUAGUAUUGUACAGCAAAGUACUGAAAGUUUAUCAGAAAAGAGAAGUGGAUCAAAAAUAGUAAAAAGACGACCUUUGUCUCGAGGAAAAACUAACUUCAAGCCUUCUCAACCUAUAACAAAACGAAGUGAUGAAAUUAGUGAAGACGAUAACUAUCCAGACAGUUUUAAAGCUUUGAUCCAGGCAAAAAAUGGAUCAACACAGGCGAGCUCUCCUCAAGGCGAGAGUUUGUCAGUGAAAGCAUCACAAAAAGUUUACAAAACUUACACUGCAUCUUUACAGUCCACUAACACAGGAAGUGGUUUAAACAAAUACACAAGGUUACGCAGUAAACUGAACGCUGAAAAGAGAGAAAGUAAAGAAGACAAGUCUACAGAAUCUGUACCAGUUGAUCUGCAGAAACCUAAAACUUUAGAUUUCAGAUCAAGAGGAUCAUUCACUCCGAGGAGUAGAAAAGUAUCUUCUUUUUCUCCAUCAACUUCUUCUGCACCCAUUAUAAACAGGACUACAGCAAACUCACAGUACAAGUUUAAUAGAAAAUUUAAAGUAACUACUACCGAAUCACCAGAAAAUGGAAACUCGACUAAGCCAAAGAGGACUGAAACGAAUGCGUUAUUGAAAAAAUCUGCAAGGUCUUCCUUGUACUCGAGAAAAUCUUUUACGAAGAAAAAUGUAACAAUUGAGAAAAAUAUUAAGGAAGCCCAUCAAAUAAACAAUACCACCAGUUCGACCGAAGGUUCUCCCUUUAUUAGAAGUGCUUUACCAAAAACAUCUUACUAUUCACGCUUACGAAAUAAAAAAAAUAUUACGACAUCAACCACAUCUUCACCAGAAUCUUCAACAGAAUUUAUUUCUAAUCACAAUGUAGAAACUAAGAAAAAUGAAAAUACUGCUGAUAUGCCAUUAAUAUUUACUUUAUUCAAAAGCUCUGAUGGCACUAAUAGUUCAAGUGAGAAAACACAAAAGUUGGAUUCUGAAGAAAAUAAAGAUAAGGAUAUGUUCAUUAUUGCCGUAUCCAGUAAAGAAUCAUUAGGAAAAAGUUCUUCCACUGAAGUUACAAAUACAGCAGAAGAAAGCGGUAAUAAUCCUGUUUAUAAUACUAUACCAACUACAAUAAAAUACCAUUCAAAUUACAAGGAUUUCAGUUCCACUGCGUUACCUGAUAGUAAUGAAAAUACGAUCUCUUCAACUGUUACACCUGACAGAAAUAUUUCUACACGAAAGUACAACAGAAAAUAUUCAAAAUUAUCUGAGGAGGAGCCAUAUAUCACAGUGCAAAACUCCAGAGAAAAAACAUUAAGAAAAUUCAGUGAUUCAUUCUCAAAAACAACUGAAGCUUCAACAAAUGGGAUUGCUGUUGAACCUGAAAAAAGCAGGAGCAGAUUCAGUUCCAAAUAUCGUGCUCCACACGUAGAUAAACCAAUUUAUAAGGCUACUGUACCCACAGUUACAUCGUCAGCUGUAGAGGGAGAAGAAAUUGACUUAGGGCCUGACAUGAAUGCUAUCUCGUUUACUAAGACACGAAGUUCACUAUCCUCAGCAGACUUGCGACUAUCGGAGAGUCUAGUAAAACCGUCACACAUCAUGAACGUUGAAACUUUACAUCACUCGCCAUCAGUUACUGUGUCUAUAUUUGACGCGUUGGCUGAAAUACUUACAUCUACACCUCGAACCAGACUCUCUUCAACUACAGAAGUAACGCAAAAACAAAAAACUAAAAACGAUGUAGCUCAAACAUUCAACGGCGUGAGUAAUAAUAAUGUAAAUAGUGUCCGAGGCUCAUUGAGUCAAGACAUGUUGUCGGAAAGUGCUGAUAUAAACACAAGUGCUAAAACUGUACAGUCCACUGAUAAGACUACACCUAUUGUGAUUAAUCGUUUGUCGGUUGGGGAAGGUGUUACAACUUCACUAAAUAUUGAUAAUGAAAAAGUAGUUCCUGUGAAUACGUUUCAGCCCAUCCCUACUCCUACUCCUACUACUCCUGUUUCCGCAAGAAAGCCCUUUGCGUUCCGAGUAUUGUAUUCGGAUACAGAAUCUACGGUUGACAAAUUUUCGACUACAACUGAACCUGCGUCAAUACAGGCUUCGACUGACUCAACAAUGGUAUAUAACACUGUAUCUGAUCUUUUGUUGUCAAAUAACAAUUUAUUAUCGUCUGAACUAACUGGCAUGUUAUCUAAUAAUAUAAUAAAUAUUAUUCAAAAUAUGGAUGAAAGUAGUAAAUCUAGAAUUACAAUGGAUAUGGCUGAAUUAUUAAAGAAGCUUAUUCCUAGGGCUCUUGACGGACUUAUGACUGCAGUAAAUGACGUAGAUAGUAUUCCAAGCACAACUCCCUAUAGUUUGGAGGAUAUUAAAGAUACCGAAAACAUUAAUGUCAAUGGAAUUAAUAAUGAUGUCGUGUUAAUUGAUAAUGUCCUCCAAAAUGGGACAGUUGAAAAUAUUGUAAAUAGCACUAUAAAUAGUAGUAGUAUUAAUGACAACUUUAAUAAAGAUGUUAAUAGCACUGUUACUUUACUAACCUCUGUACCGAAUAGUCAGACAACAAUACUCGAAUCAACUUUGAUGACUACAUCAUCUAAUUCAAAUAGCCUAACGACACCACUUUUAAUUGAAACUUCGACCUCAGCGUCUACUACGAUGUUUUCUGACUAUGUUGGUACAGGCGCUGUAGAUGAAGUGGUUAAAAUCCAAGGUAGAAUUGGAUUAUCUUCAACUGAUAAUACUUUUGAUUCCUCACGUAUUCCUUUCCUCACCAAUUUCCGAGCAGAGGAUUUCACAACUAAUAAACCACCAAGUACAGAACUUUCUAGGUCUGCGCCACUCUCUACUCUCGUCACUAAAGACGUAUCUGUAAAAAGUUCUGUCGAUACCGAUAUCAAUGAUCCUAACCAAGUUUCUAAGUUCCAAUUAUGGGUAUUAUCUAAAAAAGCUAGGGUUCUCAAUAUGAUUGAAGACAUAAUACGACAGCAUAACGAUGAAUUAGCGACUGCUCAACCUUUGACUGACAUAUUUAGCCAAUCAAGUAAUAUUCCUCUUUCUAACCGUUUGACAAAAAUAAUAAAUAACAUGGGAUUUACGACAGAAACUAUAACUUCAAAUGAAGAGAUUGACUCGACUUCUUCGACUGCUCCUAAUACUCUUCUACCUUUAUCUAUUCCUAAAACAACCGGAUUUACUAGCUCCUUGGAUGGAAGUACUAGUAAUCAAUUGUCAGCUACUGAUAUAACGACAGUACCUGCUGAAGUACUGCCAUUGACACUGCCAGAGUCUGAUAUCACGCAAAGAUCUGAUAAUACUGAAGUAAAUAUUUUACAAAUAUCUAGUCCAUCAACUGAGGCGACAGAGCGAGAAAAUUCAAAAAUAACCACAGAACAAACUUUUGACAUUUUCAAUAGAAAUCAAGGGGGCAUCGAUUUAACUACUGUCACAACAACAACUAUUGAAGGUAAUACUGAAACAACCACAGAAGCUGUAGGCACUGAAACUACAACUGAAACUGAUUCAGAUAUGACUACGCAAACAGUGUUUGAAACUACGAUGACUGCAAAUAAUGUUACCGAACAGGACAUCAAAUUAUCUGUUAGUCCUGAAGUGAUCGCACUACAACCAAUGAUCCCUAAAAAAGAUUACGUAAUUUUUGGAAUCUUACCUAAUAAUACUGUGGUACGUAAAGAUCCCAAUGAUAAUGUGCUGGAAUCAUUAACCGAAGCAAGUCCUUACAUCGUUUAUGGUGUUUUACCCAAUAACACAGUCAUACGCAAAUUCCCGAAUGGGACCAGAGUACCACGAGUAAUGCAAAAAAUUGACAUACUACCAAUCAGUCCAUGGAGUUUGAAAAAUCCAUAUAGUCCUAUCCAUAAUAAUCCAGCUAUUGUCAGACCGCAGCCUAACCUAACUCGAGUAUCCUCUAACAUCGUGACAUCCACAGACGCAUCAAAUAACGGAACAGAAAAUCGUUUAACCUCCGACACUGUAAAUAACCUACAAAUAAUGAUUCCUCCAUCGGCACUUAAUAUUAAAGAUAGCGGUUCAUUUGGUAUAACAACCGCCACAAAUAGGCCGCCUGCUGAAAAAAGCACUGCCUCGCAUGUCUUGAGUUUACGCACAACUACAAUGCUACCGUCAAUUGAUGAAAUUCUGCUUAAUAGUAUAUCUUCAGCUGCUAAAGAGGAAAUGGUAAUACCAUCAAUGACGAGCUCUACUAUUGAACCAAGAAUAUUAACACUGGAUAUCGAUCCGGAGACAAAGGAAAUUCGGACAGAAAAACCUGGUGAUGGGAAUGGUAAUGCAGUAUUUAAAUUCAUCCCAAUAGACGAAGUCACAAUUGCACCACAAAACACAAAUGUAUUAAAGUUAGCAUCAACGAAAGCACCUUCGUCCAAUUCAGAAAAGAUUGAUAUAACGACUGUAGUAACUCAAGCUAAUACAGAAAUACCACAGAUACAGUCGCGCCUGAAAAUGUCUGAUAUUACGACAACGUCAUUUUCUGAGUUGGAUAGAUCUACAGGUUCUACGGUCGUAACAAUGACAGAGUCAGUAGCAACGACAGAAUCAUUUUCCCCAGCCACUAUGUCGACAGUCUUAAGCGAACAAACAACAGCAGUACCAUCAACGACUUUAGCACAAACAACAACGACUAGUACAACAACUGAGAGUACUAGUACAACUACGGAAAGUACUACAACAAGUACAACGACACCUAGUACUACAAGUACUACAACAACUACUACUACAACUACAACGACACCUAGUACCACUACAAGUACGACAACUCCAAGUACUACGACAAGUUCAACAACCCAGCAAUCCAUUAUGACUACCACACAAGCUCCGAUAACAGUACCGUCAACUACUCAAACAAAUAUUUUUGCAUCGACAACCGGCCCUACAUUAUCCACGGAAGAAGAAAACCAAUUUCAAAAAGAUGCUCAGUUUCUCCAGGAGUUAUUACGCGGUACGGUUACACGCAAUCCUAAAAAUUUAGAUAUUAUAUUGAGUACGUACACAACCACUGUCACACCAACAACAGCAGUACCAAGAACAGUUCAGCGUCUCGAUGAAGCCAAAUUACUCCAAGCUUUAUUAGGGGCGACAGGACAGAAUGCUAACACUUUAUCCACAUUAAGUGAUAGUGUUAAAAUCACAAGUAGAAUACAAACUACUACACCACGCUCAAUAGAGGAUGACAUCAAGCAGUUCGAAGAAGAUACAAAAUUAUUAAAGGCUCUAUUGCAGGCCACAGGACAGAAUCCUGCAAAUUUUAACAUACCAACAUUAAACAUUAAAACUCCUACAGUCCCUAAAGCUACAACUUCUAUACCUAGAACGACAACAACGACAACGACAACCACAACGACCACGACAACACCGAGAACUACUACAACUACGCCUACUACUACAACACAAUCAAUCGAUGAAGAUAUAAGAAAACUGCAGGAAGACACAAAGCUAUUACAGGCUUUGCUACAAGCUACAGGGCAAAAUAAAAACAGUUUGAAUAUUCCAGUUAUAUCUGGUGUUACUUCUAAUGUGAGGAUAGCAUCAAAUCCACUUACUACUUCACUUGGUUCUAAUCCAACAACACCCGUCAAUGUUAGACCGGUAUACAAAUCAAGAACUACAACACCGGUCACACCAACUUUCACAUUCACUCCGAGAAAUAUUUUUAGUACUGUACAAACUACUUCAUUCCCAGAAAAUUUUGGGAUUUCAACUACGUUUACGCCUUUCAAUCAGGGAAGGAGAGUGCCAAGUAAGACAACAAAUAUUGAAUCGGCUACCAUAUCAAGUGGACGUGGAGCACCUGAUUCAAGAGUAACGGUUACAACUGAAAUGCCAAGCACGUCGACAUUCUCAGUGGAAGAGGAUUUAGCUUUCUUGAAAAACUUGAAAACCGUCUUGAAGACAAACACAAAUAACGAAGAUCCCGAAGCAGCCCUUGCGAACCGAAUUAUAGCUUUAGCCGUCGAAAGAAGUUUAAAUGAAAUCCAGUCCCAACCAGAGUCGGAACGCAGUGGAAAAAAGAUUUCAAAUAAUGUUAUUAAUAAUGUUAUUCCUCUCACAAUUACUACAACGAUGACAGCACGCCCUACAACUACUACACGCCCAACGACUACUACAACACGUUCGACGACCACUACAACUCGUCCUACGACAACUACAACUAGUCCUACGACAACAACAACUCGUCGUAUCACCACUACAAUACUUCCAACAACUUUUAUUCCUACAACGACUAAAAAAACUGGAAUUCUGUCGAUAGAGGAUGAUAUAAAACAAUUCCAAGAAGACACAAAACUAUUACAAGCUUUAUUGCAAGCCACAGGGCAGGAUCCAUCUAAGUUCAAUAUACCAACACUACCUCCACUUAACACCAACACUCAAGAUGCCAAGGUACCGACGACACAGAAAAACAAACUUCCGUUAACAGGACAAACUUCUGAUGAGGUUUUAAAAAAGCUCCUGCAAAACCAGCAAAACUCGAAACCGUCUAGUAUGUUGUCUCAAGCAACGCAGGCGCCUAUGUCUCUUAGCACAGAAUUCGGAAAGAGCAACGAUGCAUUGCUGGCAGCAUUGCUGAAGGAGCAAGGUUUCGGGCCAACUACGGCAAGUUCUUUGGAUGAACAACUACGACUUUCUGCUUUACUCAACCAAGUGGUAGUGACUCCAAAAGCGAGGCGGACGACGACGCCCCCUCCCCCUCCUCCACCUCCGAGAAGACCAAUCCUGGAUGGAAUUGCCUGGUUGUGGCAACAGUGGAGGGAAACCGCCCCUAGCCCUACUGCACGGCCUAGCAGAAAGCCCAGUCCUUCUGCCAGCCCUGCGGUGGCUUCCUCAGCGGCUACUAGCAAUCGAGUCAACUGGUUUGGGUCUGGUCCUUUCGUCGGUAACGCUGAUGAACAGCCAACGUCCAACCGAGUGGGUUUUACCUCACUAUUACUUAAAUUAUGCGAUUGGGGUUCGGUUUCAGGUGGCUGGGACAGAUCUUAGAUUAAAUACACAACAGUUACAGACCUCUUUUGUUUGAGUGAUAUGAACUUUCUAGUUAGUCGUUCCUAUUUAAUCUAAGUCUGAAUUUUUGUAAUAUGGGAAGGUUGGGAGGGCUGUAAAUAAAUUUUAGUUUAAUAGAGUAGAUUUAUUGAUGAAAAAAAAUGUAAUAAUGAAUCUCUUUAGUGUCAAUUUUAUACUUUUUCAGUUGUUUUUUUAUAUAAUAAUUUAAAUUGAUUAUUUAUUAAACUUCUGCUUUACCGGCUUGUAUAUAAACAUUUCGCUACCGCAAAGCGUUUGUAUAAUAAAUAAUUUGCGCUGAUGUGUAAUUGUUUUGUUGUACCUAAUGUUAUUUAUUUGUGUGUUCUAAUUAUCCCGGUACACUGAGGCGAGAUAUUACGUGCUCAUACUAUUGUAAGUUUAUGGCAUGUGAUACCUUGUUUGUAUUUGUAGAAGAUCCUUGUCCACAUUAAUGUUCUUAGCAGUGACCAUUCCUUUAAUAUUUUUUGCAAAUUGGUUCGGUUUUGGGUAAAAAUCGUAGUCGUGUUAAAAUUCCUAUGCACUGAAAUGAAACUGUGGAGUCAAAAGGUUAUAAUUGUCAAUACUGCGCUUUUAGUUUUACUUUUUGAUUUAAUAAGCUAUUUAGAUUUGGUAUUUUGAAUUAUGUGUACUAGUAUUUACAAUAUUUUUUUAAGUCACUGCGAUUACAAUUGAAACAAUUUGAUUCCUGGUUAUUAUUGAAACGGGUAUUUAAAUAUAGUGAAUCGUGUUGUAAAUAAGUUGUGUUACGAGUUUUUAAUUGAUUGGUGAGUAAAAACAAUGUUUGUACAUAACGAUUUGAAUCAUACAUUUUUCGUUUAAACAUCCAUAUCUUUUGCUGUUGCAACUAAAAAGCUUGUUCAUCGAAAAAAAAAACAUAUAAAUUGAAUCUAAUACUUAAUAGAGUAGAAAAAUAAUAGAUUGAAAAAUGAAUUAUACUGCAACAUAAAAUUAACAAGCAAAGAAAAAUAAUUAAAUAAAACGACGGUUUUAACUUUAUAUUUCCAAACCGUAUGUUUAAACUUGAAAUAUCUUAUUUUGUAAAUAUUUAUAUAAAUAUGUAUAUUUUGAGCACUUAUUCACUUUUCACUAUAAACCUUAUACUAUCUUCAUUUCUCACCAAAACAGUGUAUUUGUACAGGGGAUUUGUAAAUAAAUGUCAUUACAAAAUGGUCAUUAACUUAGUUGCCAUUUUGAUUUCGUACAUUGUCAUCCUUAGUACUAUUUUGAUGGUCAUCAGUUCUACUAUGAAGUUCUUUAUUAAAAACGUAUUGAGUAAAUAUUAAAAAGUUAGACCAUCGAAACAGUUACUUAUCGCACGCAGCUUCUGCACUAUCACUGAAUCACGUUUUGCAUAUUCUACAGUUAUUUCUUUGUCUAUGACUUCAUGACUAUCAAUGUUUAGGGUUAUCUGGUUCUCUUUCACUAUUUAACCGAUCAUGGCAGGUUCCUCUGGAUCCUCCUAGAGCAGUGACGUCACAGCAAACUCCAGGCAGUGGGCAACUCGUUUCCGCAGCCAUCAACGUCACUAGAGCAUUCUCUCAGUUUUUAGGAGCUGCAAUACAAGGUGCAGCCCAAACCGUGCAGAAUGUGAUCCGGGCAGGUCAGCGCGCGGCCACGGAUGUCUACGUCAGCGGUUCUGGGGGAUCUGGGUAGAAAUCUGAAAAGAUUUCGGACAGAGCCUAGCAAAGUAAAGUAGCUAAUUUAGAUGGACUACAAGCGUCCAAAAAAGCCUAAAAAACACAACUUAAAGCAAAAAUUGUCUAAGUUUCAUGGUAACGAUAAAAAAAUACCGUCACUUAUUAACUAAUCACGAUAAUGAAAAAGUUUCUGUACCUUUAUAAUUUACUUCUAGUAGAUACUAGAUAACGAGAGUUCAAAUUAUGGUUAGAUGUGAAAUAAAUAAGCGAUAACUUCUCAUAGCGAUAGAACAUUGAAGCAUACAUUUAUAUUCAUUUAUCUUUAAUAACAUAGUUAGUCAAAUAUCAUCAAGAUCGGUUAAGUAGUUUCAGAAUUCACCUUGAAUUUACCUACACUACAAAGAUCAUAGUAUGAGAUUUCACGCUAUAAGAAGAUUAAAAGGGCAAUGUUAAUUCAUUUUGGUCAAUAAUUCAGUAUUGAUUAAUCUUCUUCUUUGAAUGUCUUAAUUAGGAAAUCGUUCAUUUAUUUAUACAGUGUCACAUGUAUGUUGUUUUGUAUCAUAGUUUGUUACCUUACCGUUUAAACCUAAUGCUGUCUCUGUCUUCUUUUGAGCAAACAAAAGUGAUAGCACCAGGUUUAAGCCAGGUUUUACUUUAGUCAAGGUUUUGUAAUAUUCGGUUAAUGUUCUAUCAAUAUGACAGUGUUGUGUUUAACGAAAAUAAGAUAGCUAGUUAAUAUAUUUAAGUACUCACUUUAGCUAGCUUUCUUUCGUGAGCAAAUAAUAAGCGAAACAAUGUGUUAUCACGAAACAUGAUAAGAUUUAUUUUUUGGGUUGUGUUUUAAUGGACUCGAAAACUUUUGCGAAAGUGUCAUAGUACGCACUAUGUGUUGACAGUGCUCAAAUGUAUAAUGUACAUAAUAAAGAUAGUUGAUUGCGAAGCAGCUGCUUCAAUUGCCUCUGGAAGGCAAAUAGUUAAGAGAGAUCAGUGUAAGUUAAGUUUUAAAAAUAACUAAACGUCCUGUGAAUAUUUUUCGAUGAUGCUACAUAGUAAAGUUAUAAAAGUAUCUUUUAAACUAAAUAAAAGCAUUGUAGAUAUAGCACUGUGAUUUUAGCACUACAUUAUUGAGUGGUUAUUUACAUUGUUUUUCUUUUUAUUAGAAAAAUAUAUAGAAUAUUUAAAGAAAACAAAAUUUGGGUGCACGACAGAGGUCGUAUUCUUGAAUCAAUCCUAUAUCGAGCGACUUUGUAAUUUUAUCUUGUCUAUUUUUUUAAUGAAGUUUUUCGUUAUUCUAAUUCAAAUUAUCGACUCGACGCUAAUUGAAUGGCAACAUUGUAGCAAUUUGUUAGAAGUAGAAAAAAUGUGAAUAUACAAGAGCUGUCGAUGAACAUUUAAUACCAAUUUUAUACGUAUCAAUUAUAAAUAUAUACGAUGAUCUAAGAAAAAUCUAUAAUAACAAAGUUUAUUAGCACCUAUGUAUUUGUAUUUACAUAAUUAUUUAUGCGAGUUGUACUAAGUCUGACUGUGAACAUACUUUCUACCAUACAAAUGCUUUACUUAUAUCAUAAUGCUAUAAUACCAAUUGACUUAUUUGACGUAGUUAUUGUAAAUGAAUACUAGUUAAAUAAGAACUUAGAGUAAGUUCAUCUGUAAUCUUAAGUCUACAUGUGCCAUCGAUGCACGUGCACGGCGUUCCCUUGAACCAAUUUGAUUUAAUUUAUUUAUUUAUGUCAGAUUUCCAGAGCUGAAAAAUAUUUCCUUAAAAUGUUUAGCUGUUAUAAUUUUUUGGGAGACGAAUUUUAUUGUAAAUUUAAAACACUAAGUUGACGAAGGAAGGCCAUAUUGUAGUCCUUUUAUUCAUUAUUUUAUUUAAUAUUGCAAGAACAGGCAAAUUUAUAAUUAUUUUGUCAUUUUUAUACCACGAAAAAAGAUUCCUAGUCAAUAAUACACUUUAAGUGUGAGACUGGUUUUUAAGACGAAAUUAUAAAAACAAAAUGAUCUUGAUAUUUGAGUUAAUAGAAAAUAAAUAUAAACUAUGAAAAUAUAGCAGCAAUUAAGGAAAUAUUUUUAGCGCGUACAAACUUCCCACAAAAGUUUUUUAUUAUUCAUAUGUCGUUACUCUCCAUUAUUUCCACUUAGUUACAUGCUUUCCACUUAGUUUAACUAAUUAACCAUAAGUUACUAUAAACUAUUGCUUGAGCAUGUUUAGUGAGUACUGUAAUUUACCAUUGCUAUUUAUUACUAGAUUUAAAUCAUUUUAGCCCUUGGAUUAAAACAAAAAGGGUAGAUAAGGUACUCUCAUACUUGCAUCAAACAAAAACUGACCCUACGGCAGCGCGAACGGGACGGCGAGAUCCGCGUCACUGCAUUACCAACCCGAACGAAACAGCACGUUAAGUUUCAACGGCAGCGCGAACGAGACGGCGAGAUCCGCGUCACUGCACUACCGACCAAUCACGCGACCAGUACUCGACGUCACUACCGAAUAAGAUUCAAUACAAACAGCAUUUUUUAUGAAAAAAUAUAUUUUAUAGUACUUACGAAUGAAAAGUGAUGCCGUGGGUUUUAUUUUUAGUUCUUGAGCAAUUUGAGCACUUUUUAAAAACACACAGGCAUUGUUUUAUCAUAUAAACACAAAAUAUUAGCAUUCUUUUUGGCGUUCACAUGUACGUCGUUUGCAUUUCAAGUUGUGACUAAAGCGAUUAGGGUCGUGGACCACAAUUCAUGCGGAUCACUUUUGUGAGGCUAGUGCCGUAUCUACCCUUUUUGUUUUAAUCUAAGUUCACUUAAUAGGUGAGAGUUGCCUAUUUUAAGAUAACUAUCUUCUACUACCUCUAUUAUUAAGCUUUUUGUAUUUAAAAUGCGAUUAGUCAGAAACAUUUUUUUCCAUUAUUCUGUUGUUGUAUGGGGGAAGAGAAACGUAUAAAGACUACAAUAAAAAAAAUAUGUAAAUGAGAA